UUAAAAUUGCACUUACAUAAAACCAUGUGUAUGGCACUUUAAAUCCCAGCAAAAAAGCAAUUUCUGUCAAGCCCCGUCCUACACGUUUUGGCAUCUGAUCUCAUCAGGAGCUGUGGAUGUUCUGGAGGAGUUUUCUUGCAAACGAUAAUCUAGAGGUGUUUCCACUAUGGAGUCUGUCAUCAGCAUAUAGAGGUGUUAAGACCACACAGACGGCCAUCUGUCCUGCAGGAGAGCGCUGCAACAUCUUCUGUGAUAUUUGACCUACCAU